AUGUAUAAAGAAGUAAUAACCAUCAGAAAGAUGUAUGAUAUUUGUUCAAGCAAAGCAUGUCCAAUUUUCCGGAUUAACGGUCAUGAAUUUGAUGUCUUGCAGAUUCAAAUCAGUGUUGGUUUUAUGUUGAAAAAAAGAAGACAGUAUUCAUUUUUUGUUGAAAAAUUUGGGAAAAAACCUAAGCCAUUCCAGUCAGUGGCUGUUACUUCCUUGUUAGGAAAAGGAGAGCAGGAGGAAACCCAAAUCUUUCAUCGGAAUUAUCUCCCACAAAGUCUCCUUCCUGAGAAAGAAUUUUUUCUAUUCACCACUAAACACUUUCGAUAUAAAUCAACUCUUGAGAUUUUCAUUAGUGAAAAUUUCAACAUACAGGCUGUUCUCAAUAUGGUCGGUGAUGCUAAAAAUUUUAUUAGGUGUGCCGCGUGGGAGCAUCUUUCUACUCUUUUUGAAUGCUAUUCUAGCAAACGAGCUAUCGUAACACCCAGGGUAUGCCGACCAUUCUUCCCUACAUCCCGUGCGCUCAUCAUUAUGAGGAAUACUCAAUGA